CCUUCUCAUUCAUUAUUCACAACAAUUGCAAACUAUUCUUCAUCUCGUUUUUUUUAAUUUGUCAUCGGAACUACUUCAAGAUUUCAUCGGAAAACUCACAAACAAAUAAGUUAUCAUCCAAGAAUAGAAAUGGCAGCUGUAACGUACGAGAAAGAUGAUCUGAAUUUAAAGGCAACUGAGCUAAGAUUAGGUUUACCUGGGUCAGAUGAUCAACACGAGAAGCCAUCAUCUUCUACUAAUUUUGGUGCUAAAGUUAGCAACAAAAGACUUUCAUCAGAGAUGGAUAAUGGAAAUACUGAUGAGCCCGUGCCAAAAGCACAAGUUGUUGGUUGGCCACCAGUUCGAUCUUACAGAAAGAAUGUUUUACAAGCAAGCUACGUGAAAGUGAGCAUGGAUGGAGCAGCUUACCUUAGAAAAAUUGACCUUAAUCUUUACAAAAGCUACUCACAAUUACUCGAGGCUUUAGAGAACAUGUUCAAGUGCUCCAUUGGAGUAUACUCAGAAAGAGAAGGUUACAAUGGAUCUGAUUAUGUACCAACUUAUGAAGACAAAGAUGGUGAUUGGAUGCUUGCUGGGGAUGUACCUUGGGAUAUGUUCAUCAACUCUUGCAAAAGACUUAGAAUUAUGAAAGGAUCUGACGCUAAAGGUUUAGCAUCUUUGUAGACAGUGACGAAUCCAGAAUUUAGACGAUGUUUUCGUGUCUUGCGUUCGAAGAGUUCUAAAAUGUUUAUCUAACUCUAUGUACUUGUGUUUUCACGACACAUAGUAUAAGGUUCGGCCUCAAAGUACUGGAUUAGAUCUGCCUAAUCUUCAAACUCAUUGUUGGAUCCGUCAUUUCAGAAAGACUAAGCCUGUGAACUCAUUGUUGUAUCCGCCGCUACGUAUAAAAUCCUAAGCCUAAGCUGGGAAAUAUACUCAGAUCUGCAAUCAAAUCAACGUGAACAAGAAAGAGAGAAGGCUGGGGAUUUAUAUCUCCAUGGUUUUAGUCUUGUAUAGAGAAUGUAUAGCUUCAGUUUUUCUUGUACAAAGAGUUUUUUGUAUUUGUUUUUUUGAAGAAUUUGCUAUAUAUUUUCAAAGAGUAUAUACAUAUACAUAUA